GUUUAAUUAUAACAUUAAAAUAAAGACAAAUAAAAUAUUUCCAAACAUGAUUUAACUUUGAAUUCAAAAUCAACUGAUCCUAUUUUUUUAGGUCAAAGGUCAAACUCGGUCAAAGGUGAUGAAUAAUUCAAACUAGUUCAUUAUUGAUGAAAUCAUUUCCUUCUUCACCUAUCAGCUGCUCUGAACCUGGGUCUGGACCUGGAUCUGGACCUGAUUUCAUCUAAGCACUAACCAAAACUAAAAAGGUCCAUGCGGAGGACAAGACAGACUGAAGUGCAAGGACACUGUCUCUCAGAUCAGACGUCUUCUGGUUCUUCUGGUUCUGUAUUUUUUUUUUACUAACAGGAAGUUGUCUUUCUGUUUUCACCACAUUGUUACUGAUAGAUCAGAUUUGUUAAAGGUUUUUAACAAGACACGUCCCUGUCCUUUGUUUAUAAACCAGUGCACGCAAUCAGCCAAUCAGCAUCGAGAGAGAAACAUGAAGACUAACAGGUCCAACCAGAAACAUGUCGAGCUGAAAGAACCAGUCCACAGAGACAGAGAGACGAGGACAGAGGCAGAGAGACGAGGACAGAGAGACGAGGACAGAGACGAGAACAGAGAUGCAGGACUUGAACUUUCACAUGUAAGUGACUCAGUGAAUCAGAUGUAUGAGACGUUUAAAAACUUCAUUUUUAUGUUGUGACUCGUUAUCAACACGUUUCUGUGUCAAAGACACUUUGUCUUUAACAUUUCACAAAAUUCUUUUUCUUUUUUUAACUUUAUGCUAACAACACUAGCAAACAAUAGCCACACUAUUAGCUUCAUGCUAACAACACUCACUAACAAUAGCCACACUGUUAGCUUCAUGCUAACAACACUAGCUAACAAUAUCCACACUGUUAGCUUCAUGCUAACAACACUAGCUAACAAUAUCCACACUGUUAGCUUCAUGCUAACAAUAGCCACACUAUUAGUUUCAUGCUAACAAUACUAGUUAACAAUAGCCACGCUGUUAGCUUCAUGCUAAUAACACUAGCCAACAAUAGCCAUGCUGUUACCUUCAUGCUAACAACACUCGCUAACAAUAGCCACACUGUUAGCUCGAUGCUAACAACACUAGCUAACAAUAGCCGCACUGUAUACUUUUUAAAAUAUUUAACUUUUUGUCCCUGUGUUUAAUGUUUGUCCUGUAGGAAAUGAACGGAGAAGACAGAUCGAGGUCAAGAAGUUUAGUGAAACUGAUCCUCGUCACAUCAAACUGUUUAUGAUCAGAUCAAAUUAAGAAGAACAUCAACAACAACUGUAUUUGAGACAGAAAAUGAGUCUCACAGAGGACAAUUCACAGGGCACUGAGAGACAUGUCCAACAGGAUGGCGAUGAACACACAAAGAUGACGGAUGUCAAUAAGAUGGACGAGAAUAAGACGGACCAGAAUAACAUGGACCAGAAUAACACGGAACAGAAUAACGCAGACCAGAACAACACGGACCAGAAAAGGGCGUCCACCGCACUGACUCUUCUCAGAGAAGACCUGAGUCAGUUCAAAGCGGAAGUCCUCAAAGUGUUGAAGGACGGAGACACAAAGGUGGACAAAGAUAGCCCCGAUGCACUCAGUCUUCUGAGGGACGAUCUGAGUCAGUUUAAAGAAGACAUGAGCAGCAUCUUUAACAUCAGAGACGUGAAGUCCACUGAUCCUACAACCAGUCAGGCAGCAGAAAGGACACUCAGACAUCUGAGCCUCAUCAAAGAGGACAUCUCUAAUGUCUUCAGGCUCAGUCCCCUCAAGGACAAAAGUGACCAGGGCUGUUCCAUGAAGGAAGACUCCUCCAAAAUAAAAGCCCCAGCAGCUGAAAGAAUGGACAAAGCUUUUCUGAAGCUGUUCAGAAGAGAACAAAGACAACUGAGGACAGCAGAGGACAGUCAGGGAGGGACGGAGACACCUUCAGAGAUGAACCAGGAGAAAACAGACGAAGGUUUGAGUCAAAAGCUGUCGGAGAAGAAUGUGAACAGCACCAUGACAGACAGGACAAAUGGACAGGAGGACAAAGAUGACGGGGAGGAGUCUGAGAAGAAGGAGGAGUCUGAGGAGACCGCAUCACCAAGUGACAGUGGGGAGACAAUGUGUCCAUCACAGGCAGUCGAUCACAGACCCGACAGUAAUGAAGACUCUGUGGCAUCAGAAGAAAACGAGGAAGUGAAGAUGAAGAAAGAAGAAGAAGAAGAAGAAGAAGAAUCUUCAGAGACUCUUGAGUUUGAGAAUUUGCUCUCUGAGCUGAGACUCAUGAGCAUGAGGAAGCAGCCGGGAGGGGGAGGAGGAGGAGGAGGAGGAGGAGGAGGAGCAGGAGCAGGAGCAGGAGGAGGAGGAGACCUGUGGUCUGUGAAAAACUUUGCCUGUUAUUUGACCUUUGACCCCAACACUGCCAACGCAGAGCUUCACCUCAGUGACCUCAACAGGAAGGCGACUCGUUUGUGGGCGAGCAAGCGCUGCCUGGACCACCUGGACCGCUUUAAGAGCUGCCCUCAGGUCCUGUGCAGGGAGGGGCUGCUGGACCAGGUCUACUGGGAGGUGGAGUGGAGUGGCGGUGCCGACAUCGGCGUCACAUACAACAGUAUCUCCAGAGACGGGGACACGGUGGACUGUCUGCUGGGACACAACAAGUUGUCCUGGAGUCUGGAGUGUUCAGAAGGAAGCUACACACCGAGCCACAACAACAAGAGGUUCAGGUCCACCACACCAGAACCCUUCAGCCACAGAGUCGGGGUCUUCUUAGACUGGUCUGCUGGAUCUCUGUCCUUCUACUGCGUCUCCCGGGACGCCAUGGUCCUCCUCCACUCCUUCACCUCCACCUUCACUGAGCCUCUGUACCCGGGUUUCUGGGUGUGGACCUACGACGGCUCAGUGUCGCUGUGUCAGGUGGAGUUAGACUGGGAAAGACUGCUGAAGUGACGACGCCCAAGGAUAGAUUGCUGAACCCGAGGGCUGAGGAGGUCCAAGGGUUCAGGGGGUCCAAGGGUUCAGGGGGCCCAAGGGUUCAGGGGGUCCAAGGGUUCAGGGGGUCCAAGUGUUCAGGGGGUCCAAGGGUUCAGGGGGUCUAAGGGUUCAGGGGUCUUGAAGGAGUUGCCUAAACUGGGAGAAUCUGUGAGAUUCCUAGCUUGUGUGUGUGUGUGUGUGUGUGUGUGUGUGUGUGUGUGCGCGUGCGUGUGUAUGUGUGUGUAUGUGUGUG